AUGGCAGUGAAUAUCUUCAAGAACAGUGAAGUAAUUGCCCAGAUUUAUACAGAGAUGGGAACUGGCAUGUUUAGUGCAACAACACCAGUAGCUGUCAUUGAUAUGAAUGUUGGAGAUACUGCAUUUGUUAGAACCAGUUCCAUUCAUCAACCACAUGGGGAUGUAUUUAGUGAUGUUAACGUGAAAAUAAGCCGACUACUCACAGAAUCUGUACCUGUACAACUUUCCUCUGUAGCAUUUUAUGCCCAGCUUUCAAUAAGCGAACAAAAUAUCGGAAAGCAUCAUCCAAUAGUAUUUGAUAAUGUGAUCUUAAACGUUGGUAAUGGUUAUAACAAACAUUCGGGGACAUUUACAGCUCCUUCAAGUGGAAUAUACGUUUUCACUUUCCUUCUCUUCCCUAGUCGAAGUGGGAAUUUUAAAGCAUCCAUGAUAGCUAAUAUAUCUCCAACAAAGUCAUCGUGGGAACAUACUCUUAAUACACUCAGAUAUGCUGACAGAGUGAAAGAAUUACGUAAACAAGUAAGCCGACUUCAAACAACAGAUAUAUCUGUACAACCCUCCGCCGUUGCAUUUUAUGCCCAGCUUACUACAAGUGAACAAAAUGUUGGAAAGCAUCAUCCAAUAGUUUUUGAUCACGUGAUUUUAAACGUUGGUAAUGGAUAUAAUAAGCAUACGGGGGCGUUCUCUGCCCCUAUAAGCGGAAUAUACGUUUUCACAUUCACUCUCUUUCCAAAUCGAGGUGGCGCCAUGACAGUGAAUAUCUUCAAGAACAGUGAAGUAAUUGCACAGAUUUAUACACAGAUGAGAAAUGACAUGUUUAGUGCAACAACUCCAGUAGCUGUCAUUGAUAUGAAUGUUGGAGAUACUGCAUUUGUUAGAACCAGUUCCGUUCAUCAACCUAUUGGGGAUGUAUAUAGUGAUGGUAACGUGAAAAGUUCAUUUGCUGGAUGGAAAAUAGCAGACUUAUGA